AACUGUAAAGGCCUUAGACUUUUUAUUGUAAAAAUAUGUGAUGACAUACUGAAUUAGAUGGCGUGUUUAUCAUCAGUUACAAAUCUUUAGAUUGGCGCCGUUGUCGACGUAAGAUCUAUGCUAGAUUGAAGUUUGAAAGUUAAAUUGCAGUUUAGACAUGUCAAGUAGUAUUUUUGAAGUGAAAGAGUCUGAGAGUGACAAUGAAAAAGCUAUUGAUUUUGGAAUAGAUACUUGCGAAGAGAAUGGUAUUAUAUCCUCACAAGUUGAUGGUGAAGUUCCUAAAGAUCAUACAUAUAAUAAAGAACCAGAUAUUUUAAAGGAUGAAGAAUUAAAAGAAAACGAAGAUUCAAAUAAUCAGUUGGAUGAAAAUAGUAUAGAAGAUAAUGAUCCACCAGCUGAGAAUCCUAAACCUUCUAAAGCUAAAAAAAAUGAAAAGCCUGUCAGGAAACCUCCUGCUCGAGGAAAAGCUAAAAAAACUCCAGCUGUGAAAAAGGAACUUCUAGCAAUUAAAAAGAGCAAGUCAAGUGCGGAUGAUGUUAUAGCGGAUAUUGCAGCUGUAACAGAAGACCUGCAUAAAGAAACUGAAGAGCAAAAUACAGUUGUUGAAGACUCUAAAGAAGAAGCUGCUGAAGAAGAGCAACCAAAACCAGCAAAAAGAGGCAGGAAAAGAAAAACUGAAGAAAAAGAAAAUGAACCUAGCCAAGACUCGGCAGAUGAACCUGCUUCAAAUGUUGAAGAACCACCAGAAAAGAAGAGUACUUCUACUAAAGGGUCUAAAUCUGCUCCUGAAAAACCCAUAAAACCAAAACCUUUGCCUACUGAUGGAAUCAUUGAUAAUCAUAAUCUACCUAAAGGGUGGAUGAGAAAAACUGUCGUUCGUAAAACUGGCAAAUCAGCUGGACAAAUUGAUAUAUAUAUCUACAGCCCGGAUGGUUAUAAAUUUCGUUCAAAGCCAGAGAUCGUUAAUUUUUUGAAUAGGACAAACUCUAAUCUUAAAAUUGAACACUUUGACUUCAGUAAGAAAAAUGUUUUGGAGAAUAAUGAAACAGUCAAAGCAGCAUUGACUGGUAAAACACUUAAAAAGAAGUCUGCACCUGUGAAAUCAAAACCACCAGUUGCAAAGAAGAAAGAAGCUGCUUCAGCUAAAAAAGGCACCAAAUUUGUGGUCAAAAUUGUUUCCGAGAAAAAGAAAAAAACUAUGAAGAAAAGCACAGAAAAGGCUGCUAAGACCAGCAAAGCACCAAUAAAGAAGAAAAAGACAACUGUAAAAGUUGCUACUAAGGACAGUAAGAAAAAGAAAGCUUAGUUAAUGUGAAUGACUGUAAAUCCUUCAUGAUGUGAACACCCAUACAUUCUCAUUUUGUAAAUAAUUCGGUAUGGUUAACUCAUGCACAUCCAGUUUUAUGUUAUAAUAUUAAGUAAGCCAUUCAGAAUGUUAUUUAAAUCGUACUUUUAUUGAUUUUUUCUUCUUUUGUUCUUUAAUGUUCAAAAUUCCGCUCAUGGUAUAAUUCUAACUGAAAAGCAAUGUCACACAUUUAUAAAUAAUAAAAUAAUAAUGAUGCUAAAUAUUUUAAAAGAUAAUUUUUAAAAAUUGAUUUUUACUAUUGGAUAUAAUUUCUAAAAUUUUUGUAGUAAAGGUGAAUUCAUUUAUUUCUUAAAAUUAAUUUAAACUGUUUUUUUAACAUUUAACUAUUGAAAUAUUUUAAGGUAAAUGUUGAAAGCAUGUUUGUCAACGAUUUAGUGACAACAGUAUUUGUACUGUAAAAAUUAUUGAAAAUUAUUAUUGUUACUUUCAUUUAAAUAAAGAAAGUGAUGAAGGAGGUAGUUAAAAAAAAAGCCUAAAUAUUGUUGUAAUUUGUUAUGAAAAUUCACUGUACCUGAGAUUAGAUAAUUAAAUUGUAGAUUUUAGUUACAUGUCUUUAAAAUAGUUUUUCUGUUUUUAAUAUUGUGCGAUUUCUACGUACAAUGUUAAAUGUUACAUGCAUUGAUUGUGUGUUUAAACAGCAGGUAAAACUAGGCUUGAUCUGUUACUAAAGUUUAUUGUAAUUUUUGAUUUCAUAACUUCUUGUGUUAAAUUGAUCUGCUUUUAUAGAAAAUAGCUUCAAAUGUUUUCUUGUGUAGUAAUCUAGCAUUUAGUGUUCUUUAAUCAAGAAUUUAAAAUGGGAAGAGAUUAAUAAUAAUAUUUCUAACAAAAAUUACUUUUGUACUUUAAGUAUAAAGAUUUAUUUUUAACUAUAAAAAGAGUGCAUAUAACUAGGUGAAAAAUAUAAUGCAUACAAAGUAUUUCUUGAUGUUUUUAGUUAAUAGAUUGUGCAUGUAUUAAAUUAUACAAAUCAUUUCAGCUCAGUUUUUAAAAAAUUGUAAUUAAAAAAUUUUUUAAAAUAAAAUGAUUUCACUAAGAUUUUUCAUGCUCUCAACCCCAUUUUCAGGAGAGAAAUUUUGUCACUGUCUCAAAGGGUAUUAAUAAUAGGAAGAAUAAGUAAUACAUAUUUUUAAUGCUAAAAAAAAAUGUCUACAAAAACAAAUUUUUUUUGGUAAUUUAUUUAGAAUGCUAUUUUAUAAUAUCAGAUGCCUGUAACUCUAUUUUAAUUAAUAAUUAGAUUCAGUUCUGGUGAUAGAAGUAAGAUUAUAGCUUGAUAUUUUGGAACAUUGCUGUUUCUAAGUAUAUUAUUAAAAAAUGUCUUUGAUAUUAAACUGAUGAAUUGCAAAAUUUAGAAUUAAUUAUAUAAAGAUAAAUUCACAGAAAUUUAAUUUAGCUAAUUUGGAAAUAUUUUAAUUAUGUAUCAUUUUAUUUAAAUAAUUUUUGAAAAAUAUGGAUUGAAUGAAAUCAUUCUUGCCAUGAAAUUAUUCUUGGAUAGCAAUAAAUAGAUUAACAUGAAGCAUUAGCAUACACCAUUUUUUUUAAUUGAAAAAAUGUUUAUCAUGUUAAACUAAUUAUAUUAUUUAAUAUUUGCUUAAUUUACUAUACAAAUUUUUACUGCAUUGUUGGAGAAAUGUCUUAAUUUUUUUUUUUUUGCAUGUAUAAGUAUUAUUGUAUUCUCUAUUGAAACAAACAAUAUAUUAUAUAUCAAAAGAGAUAUAUACUUUAGUAUACACCAUCGUGCAUUUUCAUCUUUUCUUGUGAAAGCAUCUUUCAUUAGUUAUGUGGGGCCUUUACAUAAAAUGAUUCAUAACAUGAUAGUAUGAAGUAGAAAUCACACUGUUAGCAUUCACUUUCGUAUUCUUACAAAAUAUUUUAUGUCAAGUAAAAUUGUUAUAAAUCAAAAUGUAAUCUUGUUAAAAUGUCAUUGAGAAAUUGUGUCACUAUAUAUUGAAACUAAACACAGGUUGAAUCUUAAUAAAGAAGUUUGUAUUAUUCUUAAGAAUCUAAUUACAUAUGUUUUAUUCCAUGUAUCAGAUUAAAUAUUAUUAAAAAUGUAUUCAAUCUAUUGAUUUGAUUAUUUGCAUGUAUUUAAAAUCAGUUCAAGGAUUAUCACGCAUUUGCUAUGCGUGUGCAUCUUCUAAUAUUAGUUCUCGAUGUAUAUUUAAGGUGGGAAAUUUAGCUAUUUAAUCUGAAGAAGGUGAGGGGGAGAUUGAUUUACAUGCUUUUUAUCACUUUAUCUGCUUGUCAUAAUUUUCAAAAAAGGUAAUAAAUAUUUCAAGCUGCCAGUGGCAAACAGCUUGUUUCCCCAGAU